UUUUAAAAAAUUUCCCCUCGUGUGAAGGCGGAGCAAAGCGAAAAAGAGGAGGAGGAAGAGGAAGAGGAAGACGAAGAAGGAUGACGACGAUCCGCAGAUUCUGCUGCAACGAUCUCCUCCGCUUCGCUAACGUCAAUCUCGACCAUCUAACUGAAACUUUCAAUAUGUCCUUCUACAUGACUUAUUUGGCUCGUUGGCCUGAUUACUUCCACGUUGCCGAGGGCCCUGGCAACAAAAUCAUGGGUUACAUUAUGGGAAAAGUUGAAGGGCAAGGUGAAUCUUGGCAUGGGCAUGUUACUGCAGUAACAGUAGCUUCAGAGUAUCGAAGGCAGCAGUUAGCCAAGAAACUUAUGCACAUGCUGGAGGAUAUCAGUGACAAAAUGGAUAAGGCUUACUUUGUAGAUCUCUUUGUCAGGGCAUCCAAUAUGCCGGCCAUCAAAAUGUAUGAAAAGCUGGGAUAUGUAAUAUAUCGACGGGUGUUGCGCUAUUACUCUGGGGAAGAAGAUGGCUUGGAUAUGAGGAAAGCAUUGUCUCAGGACGUAGAGAAGAAAUCCAUCAUCCCCCUGAAAAGGCCUGUGACAACCGAUGAACUUGAGUAUGAUUGACCGUUCAUCUCCAGUGUAACUUUUCGAGAUGCUUGAGGGGAGUUGUACGAGUUGAUGUCUGAUGUAAUAGAGAUAACAUGCAACAUGAAGAUUUCCUUCCUUGUGAACUUUGUCACAUGUUUUGAGAUAUUCGGUAAUGUGUGGCUAAGUAUGACUUUUUGACCUCGAUGGUAACUCUGAAAUUUGUAGCUGCUGUGUUUGUUGUCAGUUUAUGGUCUACUUUAAAGUCUGAGGUUUCCAGAAUGGUGAUUCUAAAUUUGUUCAGGUUGAAAUAUUGAUCUCA